AUGGAGAGCAAGCAUCAUUCCCAAAUCAUCGAAAGUAGACCUCGCAGUCAAGACAACCCCCAUUCUCACGACCAUCAGCCUCUAAACACUUCUCGUUCUGAAGGGAGAUCUCCAAGCACCAGCUACUUCGAUCCAUUCGUGACCAGUGCAGAACCCAACGUACACGUACACACAGGUAAUGCAUUUGCACAUUUGAAACCCAAAGAAACAGAGGAAGAUCUGCCGCCUGGACCAAAGUCUGGUAAGAACUGCAGCCUAGAUACUCUUAUCCCCGAGCCUCCUCCGCUAUAUUCUCAAGGUAUCCAUGGAUCUAAUCUACCGUGGCUAACAUCUUCAACCCAUACUACAGGAAGUACCGAUCCAUCAAGCACCCCCUCUACCCCUCAGCGUCCAGUUAUCACCCGCAAGACCUCCGGCCUCGACUACAAAGUGCAUCUCGCAUUGCCCAUGCCCAAACCCGCUUUCGAGGCUGAGCCGCCUCCCGCCGAGGAGAUGCCCACGCCCACUAAACCCCAUUACCUGAAGAAGCGGGCCGUGACAGACCCAGUCGUCCUUGAUGAGCUCGUAAGCUCCGAAAAGACGCCGGGCCAUGACACUGGCGAAAAUAAGAAAAGGUCCAAACUGGAACUCAUCAAAUCAAAGCUGAGCUUCAAGGAUCUACGCAAGGAAUGUGCCAAAGACGAGGCCGCUUCUCGUGCGCCUGCUUUGCCAGCACCUGAGAAUGUCAAAACUCGCUUCCGUCGUCCUCUCAUAGGCACUGCCAUCCCUUCUUUUUCAUCCACUCACCCGAAUCUCAAGGCUCAGAUAAAACCCGUGGAGACUGGCCGGCCUUCACUGACAACCACUGUGUCCUCUAACGCGGCAGCGUCUGCCGUGACGGUUACGCCGAGUAGAAUCCCCCUGCCUCCAUCGGGGUCGUUUUCUCAUGCACAGGGGACUAUUGCUCCGGCCAGGGCUCCAAGCACUCGACGAAGCAACCCUCCCACGACCUCGGAGCCACCGUUUACGGAUGAAUCCCCAGUGAAGACUAUUGACAAGUCCCGCGCAGCUUCGGACUCCUCAAGGGCCGCUUCAACUCUGAAGGUUCAGCCCGAGAUCGUGGUCACGCGGCCCAGUGUUGACAGUGCAGCUGCUCAACAACGCCAUCACUCUCCGGACGAUCCCUGGAUCAUAGAACCUCUCAACUCUCAGGACUCUCCACAGAAUUGCACUGGGAUCACUGGGAUCACUGGGGAGUUUGGACCAGGCCAACUCGACCAUAAUUCUCCAACCUCGGCACAACAUCCUACCCGCACGUCUUAUCCUGAGGCACGAAGCCCGCCUUUGAAUGCAUAUAUUGAAAAUGAUGCACAGAUAACCUCCUCGGCUGACUUCGUGCCCUCAUUUCAGGAGCGGCUUAAGAAGGCGAAUAUGCCCCUGGACCAGUCCAUCCCGCCGCCGGCAAUCCAGAAUCUCAGCACCGCAACGCACGUCGAAGACAUCGUCGAUAUGGUACAGGCAAUCCAGAAGCGAUCUGACAGAGGGUUCAACAUCAUCACAAGCAAGCUUGACGAACUCUCCAACUGGAUCGGCAACCAGCUCAAAAGCCAGAUCGACGGCAUUUCAGACAUAUCCCGAGUUAAUUCUGAGCUCUUCACCAAACAGUGCCAGAUCUCGCGCGAGCUAGCCAAAUUCCAGCUGGAUGUCCGGCUGGAGAUUGGGGUGAUGGAGCGACGGUUCAGUGCCUUCGAAGGGAGGAUUCUGGACGAGGUGCAAGCCGAGGUUCGGGCUCUGGCGAAGGCGUAUGAGGAGCUCAACCGGAAGAGCGACUCGUUAAUUGCCAAACAUUCGAAUGGAGAUAACCAGCGGUUCAUUGCACAUCAGCGCCAGAAGAAUGCGGAAAUCGAGGCUGAAAUCGCCAUGUUGAGGGUCCAGCAGCAGAAACGCAAGAGUGAGUCAAGCACGACUAGCACCGAGCCUAUGCCGAAGCAGGCCAUUGCUGCCCUGGCCCCCCUGCCUCCGACUCCGGCGUCGAAUCACCGGAAUCGAAUUACCAUCUCGGAAAUGAGACAAGGUGGUAUGUUGCCCAGGAGUAUGUCCGUGUCGAAGAAAAGUCUUAACAAUGCCAAAGCCGCCAUUCGUAGUGUGCCGGAGCCGAAGGAAAAACCCCUGGACAAAGCUGCAGGCAGCGAGGAUGGAAAACGGUGGCAUGUAUUCGGCUUCCGACGUCGUCGCGAUGCCAGCGACAGCUCGACCGGCAGCGGCAAGUUCCUGUGGACAUCUCGCCGUGCGAAGGAAGACACUACUACCGUCCACGAUGAUACCACCAGCUCACGCUCAUCCACGCCGCCGAUUCCUCCUAUCCCGCGAAACAUCUCUCGCCUAGUGGAUGAUCUGAACCGAAGCAGCACAGUCACUUCGUCCAACAUCCACCCAGCCUUCCGACACAUGCAACAACCACAACAGCCAUCUGCCAUCCCCAAGAAGGAGAAUAUCAAUCCCCCGCAGGAGGUCACUCUUACUUCUGGGCUGACUAUCGAGAUUAUUCCAGAGGCCAGUCCCGAACUUGUAUCUCUGUCAGCUCACACCCGCUCUACGGUAUCGGCUCUUGGCGAUGAGUACAAAACCUCGGCUGAGGCCGGAGGUCUCUCCCCUUCUGCGAGCGAGCAUUCAACUCUUCAAGAAAAUCACCCUUUGGUCCCAGUCACGCUCCAUCCUUCGAACGAUGAUUUGCCGCGGAUGCCACUCCUCGCCGAUCCCGACUGGGACACGCCGGACUGGGAUAAGGUGUCGUUUUAUGGAUGCAAGUCCAACGGAGAGUCACAAGAAUAG